AUGUCAGAAGGCUGCGUUGUGGGAAAGCGCAAGUUUGGGUCAGUCCAUGAUCGCGAUUCCGCCCUAGGUACUGAGAAGAAGCAAAAGAUCGAGGAAGAAUGCACACCAACAACCAAGGUCUUUGCAUCCGAGUUUAAAAACACUGACUACGUGGUCGGUUGGAUAUGUGCAAUAACUACCGAGUACGUAGCCGCACAAGCUUUUCUUGACGAGAAGCAUGAGGGGCCUGAUUAUGUGUCUCCAAAUGAUGACAACAUCUACACGCUUGGAAGAAUGGGGAAGCAUAAUAUUGUUAUCGCCGUUUUGCCAGAUGGAGAAUAUGGUACAAGUUCUGCAGCGAGAGUCGGAAGAGAUUUACAGCAUACAUUUCCUAACGUCCGUAUUGGACUCUUGGUUGGUAUCGGUGGCGGCGCACCUACAAAGCAUGAUAUCCGUCUUGGUGAUAUUGUGGUCAGUGCCCCGCGUGAAGGUAAGGGUGGAAUCUUCCAGUAUGAUUUUGGUAAGACCAUCCAGAACCAGAGCUUCUGUACAACUGGGUUCUUGAACCAGCCUCCAGUACUGUUGCGAGCAGCGAUGAAUGAUCUCAAAGCGCAGUACGAAUUCGACGGUCAUGGCAUCGACGAAGCGAUCAAGGUCAUCCUUGAUAAGAGACCGAGGCUUAAGAAGAGAUAUGAGAAACCCGAUCUCAGUAGCGAUAGGCUAUAUUGCUCUGGCGUCAUUCAUCCACCAGAUCACGACGCAGCCUGCACUGAGGUUUGCAGCAAUGAUUCAAACCACUUGAUUGUACGGAACGACCGACCAGAAGAUGAGAUGCUAGUAGUUCACUAUGGGCUGAUUGCUUCAUCUAAUCAGCUUCUGAAGGACGCCUCUAUCCGAGAUAAGCUUGCUAGGGAGAAGAAUGUAUUAUGUUUUGAAAUGGAGGCUGCUGGAUUGGUCAAUCACUUCCCUUGCCUUGUUAUCCGCGGGAUAUGCGACUAUGCAGACUCGCAUAAGAAUAAACGCUGGCAGGGUUAUGCAGCUAUGACAGCAGCUGCGUAUGCGAAGGAUUUAUUAUCCAGAAUCCCGCCUAACAAGAUAGAAGCCCAGAGAAGAAUUGUCGAAGUACUACUAGACCUGAAGGAUGACGUUAAGAACGUAUCAAAAGGGAUCGAUAAAAUCCUUCACAAACAACACAGCGUAGAAGAAAAGGACAUUUUCCAGUGGAUUACACCUAUCGACUAUACACCGCAACAGCAUGAUUUCCUCAAGCGGCGACAGCCAGGCACUGGCCAGUGGCUCUUGGAAUGUACCGAGUUUCAAGACUGGCUCAAGAAUAGCAAACGUGGGCUCUUUUGCCCUGGUAUUCCCGGAUCCGGCAAGACAAUCAUAACAGCGAUUGUAAUCGAUCAUCUCUCGACCAGCUUCCAAGGGCAAAGCGGUAUUGGCCUCGCUUUCAUCUUUUGCAAUUUCCGUAGGCAUCACGAACAGACACUAGAGGACUUAUUAGCCACUCUUCUAAAGCAAUUGACCCAACAAAAAUCCCCUAUACCGAACAGUGUAAGAGACCUUUACGAGAGCUGCAAGAACAAGGGCGGAAGGCCCUCUGUCGAGAAACUAUCUACAGCUUUGCAGUUUGUAUCUGGUCUAUUUACUCGGACGUUUGUGAUCAUUGAUGCCCUUGACGAAUGUCAAACGACCAGCGGAUGCCGCAACGCAUUUCUCGACGAGUUGCUCAGUCUCCAACUUCGGUGUGGGACGAACCUACUUAUGACGUCUCGCUUUAUCCCAGAAAUCGCUGGAUCUCUGGGUUCGCAGACCACUCUUGAGAUCCGUCCAAGUGAUAACGAUGUACGGAGAUAUCUCGACGGGCGCAUGUCGCAACUACCAGGAUUUAUCCGUCACGAUCGAGCGUUCCAGGAUUACAUCAAAGACGGAAUCGUAAGAGCCGUCAAUGGAAUGUUCCUAUUGGCUCACCUUUACAUGGACUCUUUGGAUGAUAAAAUGACCAAAAAGGCCGUUGAGAAAGCUAUACGUCAUUUCCAAGACCAGAAUCCGGGGCCUAAUGAAGAGAAGAAAAUUGAUGUUCUUUCUCAAGCUUACGCUGAAGCAGUCGAAAGAAUCAGGGCUCAAAAGCCUGGCAUUCGCCAGCUUGCAGAGAAAACACUUCUAUGGAUUACAUGCGCCAAAAGGCCACUGACCACAUCAGAGCUACAGCAUGCACUUGCUGUUGAGCUCGAGUCCGAAGAGUUAGAUGAGAAUAACUCCUCUGCGGUUGAUGAUAUGGUCUCCUCAUGCGCUGGUCUGGUCAUCAUCGACGAGGAAAGCAAAAUCAUCCGCUUGGUGCACUACACUAUGCAGGACUACUUCACACGGAACCAGAAGAAACUAUUUUCUCAUGCCGAGGAGACAGUCGCCUCGGUUUGCGUCCAGUAUCUCCUGUUCAAUUACUUCAAAUCUGGGCCGUGCACAGAGUAUCAUGACCUCGAGCUUCGACUGAAACACUAUUCGCUUUAUGACUAUGCGGCGCGAAACUGGGGGCACCAUGCACGGGUCUCAUCUCCACCGCCCCGGAAGUUGCUCUUGAAACUCUUGUACAAUGAAAGCAAGCUGAUGGCAUCCAACCAAGCGAGGAUGGCAUCGAAACUACCGGGGGGUGGCGUUGGAUACACCAAAAUGUCAGCGGCUCAUAUUAUUGCAUUCUUCGGACUGAGCGACCUGAUAACUGCUGUUGGCGAGCGCUAUAGCCUCAAAGCCCAAACCAGUGAUGGCCAGACCCCACUGUCAGUAGCGGCAGAGAAUGGCCACGAAGCUGUGGUCAGAUGGCUAAUGCAGCAAGAAGGCGUCGACUUGAACACCAGAGCCUUUCGAUAUCUCUGGACUCCGCUAUCACUAGCGGCACGCAAUGGCCAUUAUGAGACAUGCAGGCUACUUCUGGCCCAGGAUGGAGUUGAUCCAGAUCCAAGAGACUCAGGUGGAAGAACGCCGCUGUCUUGGGCGGCAGGCAAUGGCCACGAGGAUGUGGUUGGACUCUUUCUGUCGGAUUGUCGGGUAUCCCCGGAUUCGAGGGCAUCAUGGUUCUACAAAGGCCGUACCCCAGUCAUGUGGGCUGCUGCCAAUGGGCAUAUCGGUAUUGUUAAAUUGCUGCUUGGGACUGGAAUGGUCGACUAUGGUUCGAACGAUGAUGAUGGCCGUACGAUACUAUCAUACGCGGCCCAACACGGAAGCUCAGAAUUGAUCAAGGAAGCUCUUGCUAGAAAGGGAAUCAAGGCCAAUCGGGCAGACCAGACUGGCCGCACGGCUUUGUCUUGGGCGGCACAAAAUGGCCAAACAGCAAACGUGAAGCUGCUUCUCGCCAGAAACGACGUUGAUCCGAACUCUACAGACAACAGCAACAGAACAGCACUCUCAUGGGCGGCUCAGUAUGGACAUGCGCCAAUUGUCAGAUUGCUUGUUUUUACGAACAGGGUGUAUCCGAAUCUAAAAGAUAACAACGGCAUCACACCCCUUUCUUGGGCUUUACGAUGCAACCAAAGCGAGAUACAGAAUUUUCUGCUUGGUACGGAGGGCGUGGAUGCUAGUAGUGAUUAUGAAGACUCCCAUGGCCUUCCAUCUCUUCCUACUGACUACAAACAACAUGACGUAUCAAAGAUGCUUCCUAAGAACAAGUACUCUAAUAGUCAUGCUUCCAUUGAAACAGAGUCCCAGAAACUGUACAUACGGCGGCUGGAAAACAGUCAUUUGCGAGAUGAGUUUAUCAUCAACAAGACUAUAGGUCUCGGGAGCUGCUCCCGUGUGUACCUAGCACAGCUGAGGUCCGAUAAGCGAGCCCUUUUUGCUAUCAAGGUUUUGAAGAAAGCUCAUAUUCUCAAAACGAUGCAAAUUAGACACACCGUCAACCAACGAGCUAUUCUUAUCGAUGUUAGCCACCCCUUUUUGGCCGAGCUAUAUGGAACCUUCCAGGACAUGAGAAGACUAUACAUGGUCAUGGAAUUUGUAGAGGGUGGUGAGCUGUUUACAUUACUUAGGCAAGUGAAGCGCUUCCGUACUGUAGUUGCCAAGUUCUAUUCUGCCCAAAUAGUCCUAGCAGUGGACUAUCUACACUCAAAGGAUAUCAUCCAUCGAGACUUGAAGCCAGAAAAUGUUCUCGUCGAUUGGCUUGGCUACAUCAAGGUUGUUGAUUUCGGUUUUGCCAAACGGGUCCCGGCGAAGACAUGGACUCUAUGUGGAACACCGGAGUAUAUGGCGCCAGAAGUCAUCUCUGGCCGGGGUUACGGCAAGUCUGUUGAUUGGUGGUGCCUUGGUAUUUUGACAUACGAAAUGCUCUGUGGUUAUACCCCCUUUGCAAACGAAUCACCGCUCUUGAUGUAUGAGAAUAUUCUCAAGGGAGAAGUCAAGUACCCUAGCUAUCUCAAGAAGUCAGGGGCCCAGGAUCUAUUGGAAAACUUGAUCACGAGCGACCUGGAACGGAGGCUGGGGACUGAACGAAGCCCCAUUUUAACUCGGCGACGCCCUACAUUGACCAGGCGGGUCUCCAUGCCGACUGAGCGGCCUUCGACAAAGAUUCAAGAUCAUCCUUUACAGACUCGACAGGGCGGCUCUUGGGAUAUCAGAAGCCAUCCUUGGUUCCAGGAAGUCGAUUGGAAUAUGCUGGAGAGAAAACAAUUAAUCGCGCCUUAUAGGCCACCUAUUAAACCAGCAGAGGGUUAUACAGGUCAGAAAGAAUUACUCCCACGUUCAGAUAUAGAUACACAAAGCCAUUUGCUUCCUAUUCUGAAAGUGAGAAACCAUAUUUCUACCCGGAAGAAGGCUUUAUUGCAGAAGGUGUGA